GUCGAACGUGGCUUGCGACCGUUCUCAAAAUGAUUAGUGGAACGGCGACUAAUGUCUGGUGGAUAUGCUACUUUCUAAUUGUGGUUUUUGUCUGUCAGUAUUACUUGAUAUACAAAGCGAGAUUGGUGCUGACCUCGGAAAUCGAGCAGAUCAGGGUUGCUUUGGACAGUGCGGAGCUGAGCAUUCAAGACAUGGACAAAAAGGCGUCCGAGCCGAUGCAGAAGAUGCAAGAACUGCAGCAGAGAAUAGGAAACGCGGAGAGAAAAGCAAACGACCUCCAAUCAGAUAUUCGGAAUCUGCAGCAGAGAAUUGACACGGUGGAGAAAAACGCGACAAAUAGUUCUAAACUGAACACUUUGGAUCUUGAUGAAUUACUCAUUGACCACGAAAAGCUGGAAAACUUUUUAUCCAGCAAAAUAUCCCCAGGCAAGGAUUUAAAAAUGAGAGUUGCAAUUAAGUCAAAAUCUUUUCAGAGGUUAUGAGUUUCUUCACGUAUUCAACAUUUGAAGCAAUAAAAUUGGACGAACUCGAAGGCGACAAUCCUGAAGUUGUAACUCACGUAAAGAAAUACAUGAUAAUUCCGCCUCCAAAUGCAGCAGUAAAAUACGAGUCCAACCAUUCUGCUGGAUUGCAGCUCCAACACAUAUUUCAAAACAAAACAGGAGGAUAUUUCGUCGAGAGUGGGGCAAAUGACGGACUGCAUUCCUCCAAAACGGUGCAGCUGGAGAAUGCCCUCGCGUGGACUGGCGCCCUUAUUGAGCCUGACCCUGGCAAUGUGCUGCUGGCAAGGGACAAGAAGAGAAACGCGUCUUUAAUUCCAACCUGUUUGAGCACUUCGACAAAGCCAAAGCUCUCUGCUUUUAAAGCAGGACAAGGAGUGGUUUUAGACAUUUCGGACAGCGAUUUGAUAGUUCAUUGCAUGCCGCUUCACUCCAUUUUGCUCGCUCUGGACAAACCAUCGAUUGACUUUUUAAGCUUGAGCGUUGGAGGCGCUGAGCUGGACAUUUUGAAAACUGUUCCCUUUGAUAAAUUUGAUAUCAAGGUGAUCAUGGUAAACUUUGAAAAGAUCAGUGGCGGCGUGGAGGCUCUGCAGGGUUUCCUAUCAAGCAACAAUUACGUCAUUUUUCCAACCAUUCCUGCAGAGCAGGAGAAAGGUCAAUGGGCAGAAUUUCACCGUAUUUUCGUCAAAAAAGGCAGUGGUUUUAAAGAGGAGUAAAUAAGUUUGUUUGGAAACGAAAAUUUGUAAUUAAAUAUUCAUUCAUUUUGGGUGCUUGUAAUGCUUCAAACUUUUUAGCCUUUCAUUCCUUUGUUAA